UUUUCAUUUCAUAUUUGCUCGGACAACAAUAACGAACGGAACAAUCACUGCAAUUCUGUUUAUGAUACCGGGAGCGAAGUUGUUACAGCUGAAACCAGAGCCUUUGCUUCCGAGCGUCGUUGAUUAUGGUUUAGACGGAGCCCUUUUCUCUGAGACAGCAGGAGAGAGUGCGGGGCAGCCAUGCUGACGUUGGCCAGUAAGCUGAAGAGGGACGAGGGGGUGAAGACUGGCCGGCCCCCUGGGGGCCCCUCCGACUCCUCUCACAGGGUCUCUAUCAGGGACCGACUGCUCAUCAAAGAAGUUGCAGAACUUGAAGCCAACCUCCCUAGUACGUGUAAAGCCAGCUUCCCCGAUGAGAACCAGCUACACCACUUUCAGCUGGCUGUCUCUCCAGAUGAAGGCUACUACCAGAGUGGAACAUUCCAUUUUGAAAUAGACGUCCCUGAAGCCUACAACAUGGUGCCUCCCAAAGUGAAAUGCCAGACCAGAAUAUGGCACCCCAACAUUGCUGAGACGGGGGAGAUCUGUUUGAGUUUGUUGCGGGAGCACUCUAUCGACGGCACGGGCUGGGCCCCUACCAGAACGUUGAAGGAUGUAGUCUGGGGAUUGAACUCCUUGUUUACCGAUCUACUUAACUUUGAUGACCCGUUGAACAUUGACGCGGCCGAGCAUCAUCUGCGUGAUAAGGAGGAUUUCCGGAAUAAGGUUCAGGAUUACAUCAAGCACUACGCCAGGUGAUGACUGCAUCAGCUGCGCCAGCUGCCUGCCCCCCUCCCCCGUCUGUGACUGCGCAGCUGAACCCCGUCCCUAAUGUCUCAUCAACCAACUAACCGCUGCGCACCGCUGACACGCCCCCGACUGCAAUAAGACGUCGCUGGAAGAAGGAAAGAUUAAACACGUUUUUUUAAAGUUUGAGGAGGGACUUGUUUAUUGGACCAGAGUAAUCAUCCGUCACAACAGGGAUUGUCCAAUGACUGGGCUUCUCGUUGUGUCUGAGCCAAUCAGAGUGGGCGCCGGUGGUAGUGAGGACCCGGGAUUUAAUCAAUCCAGUUAUCUGUUAUUUAUGAAUCGGCGAAUCAAAGAGAAAGACGAUCUGUUAGUUUUUCUCAGUUCUAGUGCCUGCCAUGUUUGUGUUGUAAAGAAAAUGCACGCGAGCUCACACGCACACGCACACACAAUCCCUUCAUGCACAUUGAGAAACGAACAUACUCAACUAGCUGCUCACAACACACAGCACUUGGCUGUGCAUGCAAACACACAGCUGGAAAAAGGACAUAUCUGUUAUGUCACUCGUUACUGCCCACCCCCAACUCACCAGACAGCAUGUGAAUGACAAGUGCCACCAACCCAGUCCCCAUUCCAGUCAGUCCCCAUUCCAGUCAGUCCCCAUUCCAGUCAGUCCCCAUAUUGUCCAUUUCACUCUGGAUAUGUCUGAAAAGGCACCCUAAUGAUCCCAAUAAUCCCAACCCUAUAGGCUCUGGUCAAAAGUAGUGAGUGCAUUAUAUAGGGCAGUGUUAUUCAACUCUGACCCUACGUGGGCCGAAGCCUGCUGUUUUUCAUCCCUCUAUCCUGCUGCUUUUCCCUCCACACCUCUUAGGCCCCACCCACCUCAGUGUUCUCCUCUGCCCCCAAGGUAGGGGAAUACCAGGGCGCUCUCCCUCUCCUAGGUUGUGUAUGAGUCCUCUGAUUAGUUGUCUAAAGGGAGGGCCUGUGGUCUCGCUCUCGUCUGACCCUCCCUGUGUGUGUGUGUGUGUGUGUGUGUGUGUGUGUGUGUGUGUGUGUGUGUGUGUGUGUGUGUGUGUGUGUGUGUGUGUGUGUGUGUGUGUGUGUGUGUGUGUGUGUGUGUGUGUGUGUUGCUUUGCCUGGGCUGGCUUUGUGCCUGUAUGCACAUUGGAACAUAACAUUCAGUGUCAUCACUGUAUUAAACAUUGUAUUUACGUUUCCAUGAGGCAAAGUGUAUGUGAUCAGGAGGUGGUGUAUUUUAGUGUGUGUGAGCGCGUGUGCGCGUGCUUUCAAAUGAACAAGUUCAGAUUUGACUUGUUAGCAUGCUCUGGUUCCUAGCCCCACACUCCUUGUUUUACUGGCCCAGCUAGCCUAGUUUCCUGGGAGGCUCAGGAGGGUCUGUCCCUCAGUUCAAAUCCUCCUUUGCUUUCAGAUUGUAUAUCGUUUUUAAAGAUAUAUUAAAGAGGAUGUAAUAAGGAAAA